AUGGCCCUUAUCAAAGCACCGCUUGUAGCGCGACAAAUUGCGCUGGUCGGCGCGAGAUCAGUGCAAACGGCGUCAGCGGUUAACCCCUCCGAUGAUGCCGCUGCUGCACAGGUGCGUCCCUUCAGUGAGCUGCCUAGGCCAGGCAAAUUGAGGUUUAUGCGCAGCUUUAUGCCGGGUGGAGAGUUUUACGAUACUUCGUUUAUGGAGGUUACCAAUGUUCUGCGUAAGCGUUAUGGCAAUAUCUUCAUAAUACCCGGCACACUGGGACGCGAGGAUUGGGUGGCCACCUUCAAUACGAAAGACAUUGAGACAGUGUUUCGCAACGAAGGCAUUUGGCCUUACCGCUCGGGCUUCGAUUCACUGGUUUACUUUCGCGAGCACAUACGACCAGACGUGUUUGCGGAGAGGAAGGGCCUUAUAUCCGCACAACAUGAGGACUGGGGCAAAUUCCGAUCAGCUGUGAAUCCGGUGUUCAUGCAGCCCAAGGGCCUUAGAAUGUACUACCAGCCGCUGUCCAACAUCAACAACGAGUUCAUUGAGCGUAUCAAAGAGAUACGGGAUCCACAGACUCUGGAGGUGCCAGGCAACUUUGAGGAGGAAAUGAGUCGAUUGGUCUUCGAAUCGAUUGCAUUGAUUGCCUUCAAUCGCGAGCUGGGCAUCAUACGCAAGCAGCGUGAUAAUAAAGACAUCUUGGCCUUGUUUAAGAUAUCACGGCAGAUAUUUCAGCUCUCCUUCAAGCUGGAUAUACAGCCCUCCAUCUGGAAAUACGUAUCGACGCCCACCUAUCGCGAGCUAAUGCGCGCCCAAAAUGAGAGCGUUGAUAUCGCGCAGCGUUUGAUAGAAGAGGCCCGUGUGGAGAGCGAGCGUCGCCGUCAGGCGGGAGAGGAGAGCGGGCAACUCAGCAUGUUGGAUAAGAUGAUGAGCAUUGAUCCGAAAAUCGCGGUUGUUAUGAGUCUGGACAUGCUUAUGGCGGGUGUCGACGGCAGUUCUACGUUCUUGUCGGCUCUCUUGCUGUGCCUGAGCAAGCAUCCAGAGAAGCAGCAGAAGCUGCGCGAGGAGCUCUUGCGUGUUAUGCCUAGCAAGGAUACUGUAUUGGAUGAGGAUAACAUGAAGGAUAUGCCGUAUCUGCGGGCUGUCAUCAAAGAGGCGUUGCGCUACUAUCCCAAUGGCUUGGGCUCCUUCCGUCAGUGCAUUGCGGACGUCACCCUCUCGGGCUAUCAUAUACCCAAGGGCACACAGAUUCUGGUCGGAGCCAAUGCUCUGCUCAAGGACGAGGCGUACUUCGAGCGUGCCAACGAGUAUCUGCCAGAGCGCUGGCUACGUGAUCCCAAAACCAACAAGAAGAUCCAGGUCACUCCGUUUACGUACCUGCCAUUCGGCUUCGGGCCUCGCCAGUGCAUUGGCAAGCGGAUUGUCGAUCUACAAAUGGAGACAACGUUGGCCAAGCUCAUUCGCAACUUCUAUGUGGAGUUCAACUACGAUGCAUCCAAGCCGUACAAAUCACUGUUCCUUAUGGAGCCAGCCAUUGAGUUUCGCUUCAAGUUUACCGAUGUGGAAAAGUGAAGAGAUUUUUUAAUUUGUAAAUAUGUACAUAAAUAUUAUUAAUAGAGGCUUUAUCA